UUGUAGUCAAGGGUUAAAAUGUAGAGAAUUAAAAAAAAAUAGCUAUUAGUCCGCUGACGUAUACUGUGAUGAUACGAAUCACUAUUCAGAACAUAAUUUCUACGCAGAGGAUUUCCCGAUCGUUAAUCAGAUAACUGAUAAGAUAUAGGUAAUGUAGUCAUUAAAAAUCUAAUUGCAUUGUUUGUGUCGCCGGUGUCCGAUUAAAAGUGGCGUUUUUUAUUAAAAAAACAAAAACGUAGAAAAAUGGGUAUAUGUGAAAGCAAGCAGUAUCCUGGCUUGACCCAAGAUGUCUUGGAAGAUUACACCUCCCUAACUUAUUUGAGUAAAGGAGAGGUUUUAUAUUUAAUGAAAAAAUUCUAUUCAAUAGACCCGGACAAGAUCGAGAAGGAUUACAAUCAUCGGUUUAAAAAAGAUGUAAUAAUCAAUAAGUUCCAUGUUUUAAAGAACAACCCUUUCCAAGAUCGCUUGUUCCGCGUAUUCUCAUCUUAAAAGGACAACUGUUUUUCCUUCGAAGAUCUCUUGGACCUGUGCUCCGCCAUGAGCCCCGAAUGUCCGCCGGACGUUAAAGCCGCUUGGGCUUUUCAAGUUUUCGAUAUAGAUGAAGACAACCAAAUAUCAACGGCAGAUAUCAGCUCUAUUUUGGACCGCUUGACCUGGGACCCCAACAACCGGACUAAUUAUAUAGAUAAAGAAUCUAAAAUGAAAAUUGCUGACGUGAUACUAAAGGAAGUAAACUUAGACAGAAGCGGCAGUAUUGGCGUGAGCGAAUUCAAAUUAAUAAUCACAAGGAUACCGGAGUUUGCUACUGCAUUUUAUUUUAGACUGUAAUCUUUUGAAUGUUUUCUGAAAUAAA